AAGUCGAAAUCGUGAAUAUCUGGUGGUAGUGUGUAGCCGAAUGUUUGGUGUACUAUAACCCCACACAGGAUGUGCGACGAUUUCGAUUCAGAUGGUGAAAUAACCACAGAUGAUCUUUUGUGGAAUAAAAUAACAGCCGAUCUAGAAAAGGAAGGCUACAGAGAUGGUUUGGAUUAUGGACAGGAGGGAAGCCUUCAAGAUGGCUUUGAUGCUGGGUUUGCCAAGGCAGGGGAGCAUGUGUAUCCAGUGGCGGCAUUGAGGGGAAGAAUCAGCGGGAAGCUGGCAUUCAGUCUAAUGGUAGGAGGUAACUUAACAUCAGAACAGACAUCUAAGCUUGAAGAAUUACUUGGAGAUGUUCUUGAUUUGGAAACUGAGCUACUAGACUUUUCAUCAGCGUCACAUCUUUCAACAGUAGACAAGGCUGAAUGCAACAUGUCUUCUUCAUGUUGUAAACGUUCUGAUGGAAGCCAUUCAGUUAGUGAUAGGGCAAAGGAUAUCCAGCUUCAAAGAUAUCCUGCAACAGAACUCAUCGACAGUCAAACAUUCAAAAAUGAAGCAGUUGGGGACAAUCUGUGUGAUAAUGAAAGUGUUGUUGAAAGCGGAAAGACAAGUUACUGUAAUGGUGCAAAUGGUUUAUUGAUAGGUUCUGGUUUUCUGGCUCAUUCAAAUGAUGACCUAAAUGUAAACUCCAAAACAAAUAUUCAGGGAAUACCAAAAUGUGAUGUGGUGCUAAAACAAGUGGCAUCACUGGAAAACAGGUUUCAUGCAAUUCUUAGUAUGACUUGAGUACAAACUGUUUUUUAUCAAGACUUACGAUUGGUUGUUGGUUGCAUGACAUUUCUCAAGAAUGUAAACUCUUAUAAGGCUUUUUUUCUCACUUUUAUUAAAUUACUUGUCUUAUAUUUGUAAAAGAUUUUAAAUGAAUAGCAGAAUCUUACUUGAAACAAUCACUUUAAGCUAAAAAUAAGAUUUAUCUUGUAUUAAUUAAAUAACACAAUGUAAAUACCAUUAAUAUCAACAGCAAAACUUAUUUAAAUGAACUGGGCUGACAUAACCACAGGAGUUAUCCAUGGUCUUGAGCUGUCUAUUUCAAGAAUUUUGAAUGAUCUACUACAGAGCUCCAGAUAAGGGUCGUAUUUUCGUAAUUACGAAUUAUUUUCAAGUCCGAUACGUAUUUAUUUUAAAAUCUUGUCGUACCAUUAAGAAUUACAAAAUCAAGUUACGAAUAUUAUUUUUACAUCGGUUCGUAUCGAUUUUAUUGAGUUCUUUUCGCGUAUUAAAGAUCUUUGCGGUGCUUAUAUAGAAUGGUUAUCGGGUUUGUUUAACAAAGCGCAUUUUUUCCAAUAAAAGCGGCGUUUACAGUCUAUCUGUCAAAAAACAAUGGCGGCGCCCAGAGAGCGUCCUAAAAAACUACAAAGCGUCCAAAGCACGCUUUUAACAUAUUGUACGCAAAUUGAGCCGAAGUUCAAUGUUUAGAAAGACAUUAUAGAAAAGAUCUUAUACGAUGUUGUAUGUUCAGUUGCCGACACAGUCGGAAAAGCUUAACAAAAACGCGACACGACGGGUCCAAACUUAAACACACAAAAAAACAUUGAACGAGUGGAAGGGACAAGUCCCGUGGCCAAUCGUUGAAAGAUUGAAGGGGAGACCCGUUUUAAUUGUAAUAUAUGUAAAAAUUCAUCUAAGGCAUGCAAUCUAAGCACAGUUUGGGCAUAUGAAGGUAUUUGAAAAAUAAAAUUGUAUAAUACUGAAAAGACACUGUUGAACUCGUAUAAAUAAAGUUGCUAGUAUGUUUAUUUUGAUUUUAUUUGCAUGAAAAUAACCAUUAUUAUUUAUUUUUAGGUCAUUUAGAAAAAAUAAGAAUUAUUUUCCAAAACUUAGUAGUAACGUUAAGAAUAAAAUUUCAGAGUUAAGAAUUCUUUUUGAAAAUCUGGUAGUAAUUUAAGAAUUUCACAAAACCUUAUCUUGAGCUCUGUACUACAAUAUUAAUAUUAAACCAUCAGAUAAAAGUAGAAUUAUUAAAGAUUCAUAUUUACAAUGUUCAAUAUAAAUAUGCCGUGUUUAUAAAAAUUGUUAGUACAAUACAACUGCUAUGUUGUCACUUUUGUACUUUGUUUUAAUAAGUGAAGAGAUAUUUAAGAUAAUGUGUUUAAUAUAGUAAUCGUAUAUCAAUUAUGCUACUAAAAGUAUUGAAAUUCUUCUGUUUGAAUAAAUGACAAUGAGGACAUAUCUCCUGAAUCAUUUGAAGCUAUUACAAAGGCGGGAAGGAUAUGCCCUUGUCAAACAGUCCCUGCACAUUUGUGGAUUAGUUAUGGAGGGUAAAUUUCAAUGUUGCAUAGGCUUAGGGGCCCAAAAUGUUCUUACGUAAUUGAUAAUCAAAUUUAAGGUGGUAAUUCUCUACACAAGACUUAUUGAUAUUGCUGGGAAUAUGAGAAUCCAUCCAGCUACAGUAGGAUUUUCAGUUAUUGAUAUUGCUGGGAAUAUGAGAAUCCAUCCAGCUACAGUAGGAUUUUCAGUUAUUGAUAUUGCUGGGAAUAUGAGAAUCCAUCCAGCUACAGUAGGAUUUUCAGUUAUUGAUACUCAGAGGUAGAGCAAGGAUACUGCACUGUACAUUCAAUAUCAAAGUGUUGUUCUUUGUAACUAGACAAAACAUGCUAUUGUGCCCUUUUUGUUUUUUUUUAGCAAUAUUUGCAGUAAAACUGUUGUACAGAAAUUGAACAUUUAACACAACUUAUGUUUAUUAUCUUUAAUGAUAAAUAUCAUUCAAAUAAAUACAAAUUUAUAUUUUACAAUAACAAUCAAAAUAAUGGAUAUCAAAACCACAAAAACAAUAGCUUAUUCAUACAUUCAUUUUUCAUUUAAUGAUAAAAAAUGUUAACUAGAGCUUGUAGUGAUGAAUACCUCGGCAGUGCAAGUCUUAAUAUCUUGAAGUUGUAAUAAUCAUCACAUUUCAGAAAAAUAAUAGGGGAAUAUAAUUUAUAAUUUUUUAAAGUAUGAUGAUAAAUAUUGUGGACUGCAAACUUGAUUUCAUAUGGCACAAUUAAUUCAAGUUUUCAUGUUUUAGGUUGAAAUGUGUUGGAUUACUUGGCUGGACAAGUAGUUUGUGUCUAUUACAAGACAGCCAUCCAUAGUGAUUCAAGUAGGGAUAUAAUAACCCUGUAAUUGUGCCAAAUCACACAAUACACUAGUACUGGUAUAUAUGCAUAUACCCCAUUUACUCCAAGGUUUCAAACACUUUUUUAGAAAAUAACUGACGUCCGAAAAUUAAGAUUCACAAAAAUACCUCCCUUUGUCAGUAUCCACAAAUUUAGAUACACCUUGAAAUAUCUAUUGCAUUGACAUUUUGAUAUUCUUGUGUAUUAUUGUAUAACAUCAAAAACAGUGUAUGCUUGUAAAUACCACGUUGUUAAGCAUUAAAUACUUACAGUAAUGUUUGUAAUGAAAUAAAAACACUUAUUUAAGUUGUUUAAAUGAAAAAUAGUACAUGUACGUCUAAAUGACAAAUAGUACAUGUACGUCAUGGUUCAACUUUGAACACCAAGUUCAAAGAUUGGUAUUUAUGAACUGUUGUAUGAAACUUAAAUUAAUAAAAUUAACACAAAUUCUACUAAAUAUACUUUCCUUAAUGUCAUAAUUUGUUAGUUUAUUCACAAAUAACAAAUAUAAAAUAUACAUAUAUGUCACACUGAAGCCAAAAUACUUGAUUCCUUUCGACCAUCAUUUUAACUGAAUAUCCACAUAGAGCUGUAAGGUAAAAAUUAUCAAUAUCAAGUACACCCUUGUUAUUUACACAAAUAAAGCAAAUGUAACAGUCACCUGACUUCUUGCAUUCAUCUGAGAGGUUUUAUGACCAUAAUUCAGUUUUAAAUGCACAUGUGUGAUGUGUCAACAGAUAAACCAAAAUA